CUUGAUCCAAAUCAGUCAGGUUUCAAGACUAGUCAUUCAACUGAGACUGCUCUUCUCUGCAUCACGGAGGCGCUCCGCACUGCUAAAGCUAACUCUCUCUCCUCUGCUCUCAUCCUUCUAGACCUAUCGGCUGCCUUCGAUAAUGUGAACCAUCAGAUCCUCCUCUCCACCCUCUCCGAGUUGGGCAUCUCCGGCGCGGCCCACGCUUGGAUUGCGUCUUACCUGACAGGUCGCUCCUACCAGGUGGCGUGGCGAGAAUCUGUCUCCUCACCACGCGCUCUCACCACUGGUGUCCCCCAGGGCUCUGUUCUAGGCCCUCUCCUAUUCUCGCUAUACACCAAGUCACUUGGCUCUGUCAUAACCUCACAUGGUCUCUCCUAUCAUUGCUAUGCAGACGACACACAAUUAAUCUUCUCCUUUCCCCCUUCUGAUGACCAGGUGGCGAAUCGCAUCUCUGCAUGUCUGGCAGACAUAUCAGUGUGGAUGACGGAUCACCACCUCAAGCUGAACCUCGGCAAGACGGAGCUGCUCUUCCUCCCGGGGAAGGACUGCCCGUUCCAUGAUCUCGCCAUCACGGUUGACAACUCCAUUGUGUCCUCCUCCCAGAGCGCUAAGAACCUUGGCGUGAUCCUGGACAACACCCUGUCGUUCUCAACUAACAUCAAGGCGGUGGCCCGUUCCUGUAGGUUCAUGCUCUACAACAUGCGCAGAGUACGACCCUGCCUCACACAGGAAGCGGCGCAGGUCCUAAUCCAGGCACUUGUCAUCUCCCGUCUGGAUUACUGCAACUCGCUGUUGGCUGGGCUCCCUGCCUGUGCCAUUAAACCCCUACAACUCAUCCAGAACGCCGCAGCCCGUCUGGUGUUCAACCUUCCCAAGUUCUCUCACGUCACCCCGCUCCUCCGCUCUCUCCACUGGCUUUCAGUUGAAGCUCGCAUCCGCUACAAGACCAUGGUGCUUGCCUACGGAGCUGUGAGGGGAACGGCACCUCAGUACCGCCAGGCUCUGAUCAGGCCCUACACCCAAACAAGGGCACUGCGUUCAUCCACCUCUGGCCUGCUCGCCUCCCUACCACUCCCUACAGUUCCCGCUCAGCCCAGUCAAAACUGUUCGCUGCUCUGGCCCCCCAAUGGUGGAACAAACUCCCUCACGACGCCAGGACAGCGGAGUCAAUCACCACCUUCCGGAGACACCUGAAACCCCACCUCUUUAAGGAAUACCUAGGAUAGGAUAAAGUAAUCCUUCUCACCCCCCCCCCCUUAAAAGAUUUAGAUGCACUAUUGUAAAGUGGCUGUUCCACUCGAUGUCAUAAGGCGAAUGCACCAAUUUGUAAGUCACUCUGGAUAAGAGCGUCUGCUAAAUGACUUAAAUGUAAAUGUAAUCUCUGA